AAGGCGAUGUUACAUCGGAGCGCCUCUCAGCUGUUGUUCUUCAUAGCGAUCUGCGGCGUCUUUUACACGCGGACUCUCAGUUUGCCGCUCGCCACUACACGAGCCACUCGACACGCAGACGGUCUGUUUACCAGCGGCUACAGCAAACUGCUGGGCCAGAUGUCAGCCAGACGCUACCUGGAGUCCCUGAUUGGAAAACGUGUCAGUGAUGAGCUGGUGGAAGGACAAAUGCCAGUGAAGCGUCACUCUGAUGCGAUAUUCACAGAUAAUUACAGUCGCUUCCGCAAGCAAAUGGCUGUAAAAAAGUACCUGAACUCUGUCUUAACAGGAAAGCGGAGCCUAGAAGACCCUGCCAGUGAGCAGGAAGAUUCCACUGGAGGAGAAACCUCCUACCGGGAGAGCUAUGAUGACAUAACUAUAGAUGAGCUUCUAAAUCAUAUACCAAUGAAGUCUGAAACUGGUAGAGAGGGUGGAGGAAACCAACCGUGGUUCAACGGCCUUGACAGCGGGGACAGCAAAGUGCUGUGGAGUGCUCAGAGCAAGAUGAACACCAAGGACAUCUUGAUCAUCCACUGCGCCUGGCUCCAUCUCCAGUUGUUUUGGCUGUGCCUUGCCACUGGGCCCAGAUGGAACAUGGGAAUAGAGAGUGAGGCCAACGAUGUGCAACUCCCCCUCACUUUAAUCAAAGUCCAGCGCAAGUCAAGACAUCAUCGUCACCAUCAUCUCAUCUUCAUCAUCACCUGCUAA